AUGCUAAACAAGGCUUCAGUCAACUCCGUGUGGUUUCUCAACUUGGCUCUGGCUGACUUCCUCUUCAUGACCUUCCUGAUUUUCUCAAUCAUCUCUCUCUCCCAGAAGCAUCAAUGGCCGUUUGGACGGCUCAUGUGCAAGCUUAACAACUUUGUAAACCUGGUCAACAUGUUUGCCAGCGUCUUUCUUCUGACAGCCAUAAGUCUGGAUCGCUGCUUCUCCGUCUGGGUGGUGGUGUGGGCACAAAAUAAACGCACAGUCCGCAAGGCUCAGAUAAUAAGUGCUGUAAUGUGGGUGGUUGCUGGGAUCUGCAGCAUCCCUAAUGUCACUUUUCGCACCCUUAUAAAGAGAAAUAACAUAACGUUUUGUGUUUAUCCUGGAACAAUGACAAGUGGACAAAAAUGGAGCCUCAAUAUUUUCCGCUUUGUCAUGGGGUUCCUCAUUCCAUUCCUGGUCAUUCUCGUGUCUCAUGUGGCCAUAGGCGUCCGUGCCAGCCGCAUGCAUAGAAUAAAGAAAAAGAGAUCUCGCCGAGUAAUUUUCUCCAUUAUUUUUGCAUUUUUCAUCUGUUGGUUGCCCUUUCAUGUUGUCAGUUUUAUGGAAUUGAAAGUGAGCGAUAACCCAGGUCUCAUAAACAUUCUUCGUAUCGGAUCUCCUCUAAGUUUGAGCCUGGCUUACAUGAACAGCUGUCUGAACCCCAUUCUCUAUGUCUUCAUGUGUAAUGAGUUUCAGAAGAAGCUUCAACAGUCAGUAUGUUUUGUUUUAGAGAGUGCCCUGGCAGAGGACAACCUCUCAUUUGCAUCCUCUCGAUCCUUGUCUUCACACUCUUCACGGAUUUCCCGAAAGUCAGAUUCUGCUCCUCCUUUAGAUGUCAACGAUGCAACUCCUCCUUUAACCUUCACUGCAGCCAUCACUGAGGGGACAAAAGACAAAAGAAAUUGUAGUAUUAGUGAAAAAUAAUACAGAUGGCAAGAUAAACAUACCAUAUGUCUCAAAGUGUGAUAUCUGUGAACAAAAGACUUCUUUUGCUGUGUUUUGAUCAUAUUGACUUUUU